AGGAGUUCUCGUUCUUGAUUGUGAAUAAGUUUACUUCCGGUGUAAUACGGUGCUUCGUCGUUUUUGAAAAGGAGCACACACUGGUAGACAUAGAGUGGCGUUUCAGGAAACAGGUGAAGUCAUGGCACCGAACAACCCCCUCUCCACGUGGGGGAAUGAGAAAACAAUGAACCUGAAUCCUCUGAUUCUUACAAACAUUCAGUCAUCACCGUAUUUCAAAGUCAAUUUGUACGAGUUGAAAACCUACCAUGAGGUCAUUGAUGAAAUUUACUACAAGGUUGAUCAUUUAGAGCCAUGGGAAAAGGGUAGUAGAAAAACCGCAGGACAGACAGGGAUGUGUGGUGGGGUGAGAGGAGUGGGUGCAGGUGGGAUAGUAUCUAGUGCAUACUGUCUCCUCUACAAACUAUACACACUGAAACUCACACGGAAACAGUUGAUGGGACUAAUUACACACAAAGACUCGCCGUACAUCAGAGGCCUGGGAUUCAUGUACAUCAGAUACUGCCAGGACCCUAAAGAUAUGUGGGACUGGUACGAGCCUUACCUGGAUGAUGAGGAGGAAAUCGAUGUUAAGGCAGGAGGUGGUCACAAAAUGACCAUGGGAGAGAUGGUUCGUCAAUGGAUGGUCAAACUGGAAUGGUACUGCACCCUGUUUCCCAGAAUUCCAGUUCCCAUCCAGAAGGACCUCAUGCAGAAGCUGAAGGAGAGACCUCCUCAGGCUCCAGCGUAUGAAGAGGAGGAACCUCAGGAACAGGAGGAGGUGCAGGAGGAGCCCAGACGGCCCAGGCAUAUUCCAGAUGCGGAGGUGUCUUUUGGCGAGGCAGAGAGAAGUGCUCAACAUAGAAAUAGAUCUCCUAAUUACAGACGUUCUCCAAGACGAUCUCCGCCCAGGAAAAGGUCAAGGUCACCAAGAAGACGUCGGUCAAGGUCACCUAGGAGAUCACCAUACAGGAGAAGAAGUCCACUGCGAUAUUCACCAUCAAGGCGACGAUCUCGUUCACCUAGGAGUGAUUUUGCCCGGGAGCUAGAGAGAGAGCGUCGUAGGCAGGAGAGAGACAAAAGAAUUGAUAGAUCAAAGAGUAGAGAAAAACACCCUGACAAAAGGUCAAGGAGCAAAGAUAGGCCCAGACACCGGUCAAAAUCCAGAAGCAAAGAAAGGUCAGUACAGUCGGGGUCAAAGCCACACCGUCGGUCAAGGUCAGGAUCUAGAGAGCCCAAAAGGAAGAAAGAAAAGAAGCACAAACAUAGAUCAAAGUCCAAGGAACGAAAUUCAAAGCAUAAAUCACACUCCAAGCAUCACAGGGAAUCUGAUCACCACGCCUCACCAGCAAGAGAGGAAGGCGGUGCUCGGAAUGCAUCCUGAUCCGAAGUAGCCAUAUAGCCAUACUGAAUGCCUUAGACUUGUUUUAUGUGGUCAUCUGUACAUCAGUUUCAGAGAACUAAGGGAACAAAAGUUUUGAUUCAUACUGAAUUUUGAAAAAUAUUUGUACUCAAACGUUUACAGAUAUUGACAGUUGAUAUCAUUUAUAUUCAAACAUAUCGGAGGUUGAAAUCAUUUUCAGAUCAUUUUCAGUCUCUCUUUGAUGAGGCAAUCAUAUUUGAUGAUGACCCCCUUGCUGUAUUUUAUAUGGACCAGAGAGUAGUGACAACAUCCAUUUAUAAAGCAGUUUUAUCCUUUUCAGUUUAUACAUUCAUCACUAUUUCUACAUGUCUCACUUAAGAUAUCUUCAUUACAAUGCAAUAAUGUUGGAUAUUAGUUAUUCAUGCUUCAUUAUUUUAAUCUCCAUAGAUCAUUCUUGAGUUUGUGGAAUCGUUGUUGGACUAUUAAGGCUAUUUUAAGCAGUGUCCUAGAAUUCAUGUUUACAGAUACAAGUAUAUAACAGACAUAUAUAUGAUCGUGAAUCACUUUAGAUUUUAGUCAGCAUAUGUAUGUUUCUUAAUAAAAGUCUUCAGCCAAAA